UCCAGACCGAUGUAUCUGGCACCUCCAGUUCAUACGGAUAUGACCUGACUUGAGCUCCGAAGACGGCACCAAUGCCGCAAUGCUCAUUGCACUCGUUUUCCUGCUCCCACUGGCCAUAACGCUCUGCUUGGCCAGCGAUUAUCAAGAACGGCUCCACCUUCGACCACUCCCUAAUUCCGCGCUCCUUGCGUCUUUCAACUUCCGAAGCAAUACGUCGGCCUUGUCAUUUGACCAGCAGAACUUCCGAUACUUUCCACGGUCCUUGGGGCAAAUCUUGCAGCACACCUCCACGAAGGAACUUCAUUUGCGAUUCAGUUUAGGACGAUGGGAUUCGGAGAGCUGGGGAGCGCGUCCUUGGGAUGGCGCAAGAGAAGGGGGAACAGGAGUCGAACUGUGGGCUUGGGUUGAGGCAGAUACAGCUGAUGAGGCUGAGACUAGAUGGCUUGGUUUAACAAAUGCGCUGUCGGGGCUAUUUUGCGCUUCCUUAAAUUUCAUCGAUUCCACGAAAACUAUCCGACCAAUUAUGACCUUCGAACCGGAGGGGAUCUUUCCUAAUUCCUCACUUUCUAACCUCCACCUCCUUCAUGGCACACUGCCGCACGAAGUGGUAUGCACGGAGAAUUUAACUCCAUUUCUGAAGCUGCUUCCAUGCAAGGGAAAGGCAGGCAUAUCGAGUCUCUUUGAUGGGCACAAGCUGUUUGACGCGACUUGGCAGACCAUGGCUAUUGAUGUCAGGCCAAUUUGUGACGAAGGUGGAAAGAAUUGUGUGUUGCAGGUCGAGCAAACCGUUGAUAUGGUCCUGGACAUUGCUCGGUCAUUGCGUUCUAGACGUGACCCGAUUCCAAGGCCGGUCCCCAUUGAGGAGGUCGAAUGCGACACAUCUAAGUUAUAUAGCGGCGAGGACUCCUGUUUCCCAAUCAAGAGUUCCUCAGAGCCGUCAUGGAGUCUUAAGGAUAUCUUUGGCAAGCCAAUCAACGGCUCAUGUCCCCUGGAGACGGGCCCUUCGAGUUCGAUUUACCCAGUUUGCCUCACUGUACCGCUUGAACGAACGGUGAUGGUACAGACCGAAAAACCAUUCCACGAGUCCAAGGAGGAUAAUGGGCUGACUCGAUGCUACUCUAUGCCAGAAGCCGCAGAGUUUGACUUGCUUCUACCAGCAGAGAAUCUUGUCACUGAGGUACCCCUCCCUUCACCUCAAUUACACGCCUCCCGCCACAUCACUGGUUAUGGCUCCGAACGUGGAGGCAUGUGGUCCACAAUCGUGAACCCGUCUGCGAAUUUAUCGGUUUCCAUAGUUUAUUUGGAGAGCCUACCGUGGUUCAUGCGUCCAUAUCUGCAUACCCUGCGUGUAACCGCCGAGUCAAACGAUCAGCAGGACGUUCGCCACGACAGCGAUCCAUUGGAAAGUACAUACUAUCGACCAGCCGUCGAUCGCGCACGUGGGACGCACUUAGAACUGGUUCUUACCAUUCCACCUGCAUCAACUGUAACGAUUUCGUAUGACUUCGAAAAAGCUGUUCUGCGGUACACGGAGUACCCGCCCGAUGCGAAUCGUGGGUUUGACGUUGCGCCUGCGGUGAUCCGAGUUCUGCCGCAAUCGCCACGGCGAUCUACAUCGGACGAAGCACAGUCCCGAGGUAUUUACCUGCGGACGACUUCCUUGCUUCUGCAGCUCCCAACGCCGGAUUUCAGCAUGCCGUAUAAUGUGAUCAUCCUCACGAGUACCGUUAUGGCAUUGGGUUUUGGAGGGAUCUUCAAUCUCGUGGUGAGAAGGUUCGUUGGGGCAGAUGAAGCACCCCCAGCUGGAUUAGCCGCGAUCGUGGCCCUGUUACAGCAGCGCAUCAAAGGGCGGUUGGCAUUCUUGGUAUCCCAGUUGAAGGGGGGGACCAAACAGGAGUAACGCAGCUUCAUGUUACGUGUAUUUACUCUGUAUUAUAAGCGUUUGACAAAUAUAUCAACUAUUAUUUCCCAG